AUGUUGCUGCAGAGGGCAAACUACGAGACCAUCCUCGUGGAAGCUCAAGACUCCCAGAAGAUCCUGAUGAAGAAUCUUCAGGCCUUGCUCAACUACCAGACCCAGUAUAUCCUUUGGGCCCUGGGCACCGUCCUCACCCCGGCGCCCACACAGCAGGACACAGAGGAGCCAGAAGAAGUGCCGGAGGCCAGCACCUUGCUUGCGGAGCUGCAGCAGGUCGACUUCGAGCACAUGAAGGGCACGUCUCCCCGCCUCUCGCGGGAGAUCCUCCACUGGCACCAAGCAGCAGGGCAGGAGCUGUACGACCGCAUUGCGUCCCUUACCGUGAAUGUCUCCAAGCAGAGCUGGCCGCUGCGCAUGAAGGCUGCGCGUGGCAUGCUGCACCAUUUCCAGGCCAGCUUCCGCCAGCGGCUGAAGGUGGGAGCUCGGGAGCCCCCGAUGGCGGAUAAGCUCCAGUGGCUCAGGGAGGACACGGCGCAGCAGCGCAAGCUGGCCGGUCAGGCAGAGGCCUUGCAAUUCAAGCUGGGCUCCUCCACUUUGCCCGCGCCGCUAGUGGAAGCCCUCAUACGCUGCCACGAGAAGCACAGCACCUACACGAUGCUGCAUUCAAAGGCCAUGCGGCAAAUGGAUGCGGCGUUGGCCGCUGCGCACAACUUCACGCGGUGCGACGCCGAUACCAAGGCUUUGCACGAGGCCUGGCAGCUUGCCGUCCGAGCUGAGGAGCGGAGUCAGGAGGUCUUGAUUGAGGCCUGGGCGACCACGGUAGCCGCCGCCGAGCACCUUCUGAUCGCCUUCGAGGACGAGCAGCUCCUGCUGCUUCUGAAAGACUGGGCCAAGGAUGUGGAGGUGGAGGUUUCGUGCCAGAACACGACAGCGCUGGCUUUGCAGAGUCAGGUGCUCGCGGCAGCUGCCCUGGACCGGGCAGCCUGGUCGCUGACGCAGCAAGUGAUAACUUUCCAAGCGCUGGCGUCCUACCAAGAUCAGCAACUGAAGCAGAAGCAUUUGGAGCACGUGGCCCUUCCGGAUGCGUGGGAGGCUCUGAAGGUUCAGUUGGCAGCUGCAGCAGACCCUGGCCAACCGCUGGGGCAGAGGCUGGCCACCGUGGCAUUGCAGGCCCUGGGCUCCGAGUUCUGCCCGGCGCCCAACGGCUGCGCUCGCGGGAUCCUGGUGGACGCGGGCGUGCGCGGCGCCGUGCCCUGCGAGCACGCCGGGGACAGCGUGCACGUGCUGCCGAAGCGCUUCACUUCCCAGCUUGUCCAAGAGGUGCCCCUCCGUCCGCAGUCGCUUCGAAGCCUGGCUUUAGUGCAGCUGGUGGAGGACCGAGGGCACUGA